AUGGAUGAUAUUAUUGGUAGCAGUACUAAUAAAUCAUCCACAUCCACAUCCACAUCAACAUCAACAUCAACAACACCAACAACAUUAAAGAAAGAGUUAUCACCAUUCUCUGAACCUUAUAUACCACAUUCUACUGCUACUCUAAUAUCAAAGAGUAAUUCAGCUUCAAACCUUGGUAGUGUAGAUCAUCAUCAACAACAACAACAACAAAAUGCAUCGUCAACUAAAAGAGCAGAGAUAAUAACAUUGGAUAAUGUAGAAUACCUAUUCUCAAAUAGGUUCCAUCCAAAGAAUAAUAUUCGUGAAGCUGUUGUAUCGACCUUUAAUUCAAUCAUUUACAACCUUUCUGAAGAACACAAUCAACAUCAUCAACAACAAAACCAUAAUAAUAGUAAUAGUAAUAGUAAUAGUAAUAGUAAUAAUGAUAGUAAUAAUAAUAAUAAUGGAGAAGAAUUAAAUACCAUUUUAAAAGAUAUAAUUACAAUCAUUGAUAAUGAGAAUGAAUAUAUUCUUAAACUAUGUAAAGAUGUAAAUAAUAAUAAUAAUAGCAAUAAUAAUCAUACUAGUAACGGUAAUGAUCACCGUCAUACUACAACAUCAAUCAAAUCAAUAUCACCAAUGGUAAAGAUAUUAAAGAGAACUACCACCACCACAAAUAACACAGCAACAUCACCACCAACAACUACAUCACCAUCAACAACUACAAAGACAGUCGAUCAAAGACCAAAUACAUUACCAUUUGAAGAUAGUGAAUCAUAUUAUCAAAGAGUGAUACUUUAUAAUCUACAUUUAUUGACAAAGAUUGCUACACAUGUACCAUCUCAAUGUGAUUCUAUUCAAACCAAUAUCUUUACAUUGUAUGAUACUUGUAAGAAUAUUUUAAACAAUAAUAAUAAUAAUAAUAAUAAUAAUAAUAAUACUAGUCACUCUUCAUCUGCUUCAACAACAAUGAUAAAUAAUCAAAUCAUUCCAACUAUUAUUACAUGUCUUUCACAAAUGGUUGUUUUGGUUAAAUUCAAUGGAAUGAAUCAAGAAUUAUUGAGACAGGUGAUUGUUAACGAAAUGAAACAACUUGGAACGGGAGCGAGUAGAGCUGCCUUGGAAGCAAAUCUACAUCUUUUACAAAAUCUAUUGUCAAAGCAAUCGGUCAACAACAAUGCCGCUGUAAUUGAAUCAUCGGCAUCACUGAUCAAAGACAUCUUUAGAAAACUAAUUACUUUGGUCAAUGUACAGAGUACAUCCAUCCAAACAAGACUACCAUCAAUCUUUCAACAACUGGUUACCAAACAACUCCUCGAUGCAAAUCACUGUCGAAGAGUAAUAUCAGUGGCAUUGUUUAAACUAUCAGAGUUGAAAGAUGAAUCUGUCAAGCAAAGCUAUCUCGAUCUUUUACCAAAAACUGCUUCCUAUAUAGAUGUUGGUUAUCAAAAGAAUUCAAAAGUUAAUGAUAUUGCUUUACCUUAUAAAUUAUUAUUGAUGAGAUCACAAGGUACCAUUGGACAACCAUUUGCAGAUUUUUUUAAAAGAAUAUUUGAAUGGAUCUAUGGAGCUGGUAAUAACAUGUCAAUAUCAAAACAAGAUAUUACAAAAAGUCUUUUGGAUCAAUUCUAUUGUUUUAAUAUUAUUCAUAUUUUAGCAAAUGAGAAUCAAAGACUUGAUAAAAAAAAAGUUGAAUCAAAUAUUACAACAUCAAGUGUAUUAAUUUGGUAUUGGGCCAUGUGGGAAUGUGGUAGAUAUUGUAUUAACAAUAGAUUAAAGACUGCAUUUGGAUCAGGUGUACAGACAUUUGAAAUAUUUGAAAAGGUCAUACUCCAACUGAUUCGAGAGAGAAAGGAUUUUGGAAAGAUUAAACUGAUGCUUUUGUUUAUGGAUUCACUCGAAAAACAAAUAUUUUCAUCGGCCUAUGGAUCUGUCAUUCUACCUGGUCCAUCAUCAAAGGAAAUAUUAUUUUUUAAAUUAAAUAGUAGAGUUAGCGAAGAUUGGUUCUCAAGAAUUAGAACCAAUCUAUUAAAAUCUAGUAUAUUGUGUAGUUCUGCACCCGAUAUCAUUAGACAUGCUACAUUGAGAAUUAAUGAUAUAAGAGCAGGUAGAUUUGUUGAUCCAGCUCAUGCACAUUAUGAACUAGAAUUUUGUAUUAUUCAUCUUGCCAAUGCAUUCCAACAAUUGGGUGAAGCAGAUUCGCUAAUAGGUCUAUCGAAAUGGAUCGAUCAAUAUAAUCAAACUAUAACCACUACGAAUCUUUCAAAUAGUGCACAAAUGCUAUCGAUGAGCGAGAAUAUCAAACGUGAACAAUCACCUCAAAAACCACAAUCACCUCAACCACUACCACUUUUAUCAUCACCAUGGAUCAAUGGAACGAUUCAAAGUUCAAAACAACACUUUGAAGAAUCUAUUUUAUCUCUUACACCUUUAAUCUCUACUACCAAUCCAAAUAAAUUAUCUGAUUUUCAAGAAAUGGAACAAUUCAUUCAAAAGUAUAAAGAAAAGAUUAAAGAAUCAAAUGUUAAAAUGGUUUACAAGGAUUCUUAUUUGAAAACUUUAUCAUCUUUUGCCAAAGGUGAUAUAGAAUCUUCACAACCAUUUGUAACUGAAUGUACUACUGAUUUAAAUAAGGAACCAAAUGGAUUGAUAGGAAAUUUAUUGGCAGUUGAUGAAUUAAUUUUAUCUAUUAUGAUUAUACAAAAAGAUCAAUCGAUAAAUGGUGGUAGUGGUAGUGGUAGUAGUAGUGCACAAGGUGAAGUUGGAGAAUUGAUUAAAAGAUCAAAAACACUUAUUCAAGACUCUUUAGAUGUAAUUGGAUUCGAAACCAAUGUUCAAGCAUUCCAAUACAUCUCACAGCUAAAAGUUAUCGAUGAAUUAGAGAAUGGUGUCAAUUCAAAUUUGACAUCCACUCUAAAUACUACUUUGAAAACUAAACAAUUGCCUGAAUGCACAAAUCAACAACCAAUGAUUGGAUAUUUGGAAAGACUACGUCGUACUAGAAACCACAUCUCACAAACUCAACAUCGCAACGAUAUUCUAUUUUACAAUAUCCCUCUGACAGAGAAAUUAAUUCAACUCUCUAGAAAAACUUCGAAUCAUAGAUUCUGUCAUCGUCUAUUAAAUGCCAUUCUAGAAAGUCAUUCCCCAUCUUGUUUUCUUGAAAAGAUUAAAUUAAAAUACCAUCAAGAUAAAAAGGUUGAAGCAUUCCAAGAUUUAUUAAAUAGUAUUAGACUUUUCCCAGAGAAUAUUAGUUCUGCCAUUAAAACAAAAUCCUAUUUACACUUGAUUAAAUAUUAUAAUGCCAAUAAGAAUAAUCAAGUUUUCCAAUCCUAUGUUUCAAAUUUAUCACCAGACCUAACUGAUAUUGAAUCAUAUUAUAAAAAGGCAACUUUGACAACACCUGAAAAUGUUAAAAUGUGGAGUUCAUAUGGUGAUUGGGCUUUUGAACAAUCACAACAUUGUAGUGAAAUUGAAAAAACAAAGUAUCUAAAGAUUGCAAUCGACAAUUAUUUCAAAUACCUAGAGUAUAAUACAGAUCGAUCUACUAUCCAAACAACAUUAAAGAUAUUCAACCUCUUGGUGAAUCAUGGCGACCAAUUGCAAGAAAACUUUGAUCGAUGCAUCAAAUCAGUGUCGGCCACACCCUUCUAUGACAUUAUUCCACAGAUGUUUGCCAGACUUGGACAUUGCUCAAAAUACAGUCAAUCAGUGAUCAUUGAUAUUCUCAAUGCCAUCUCUGUGGCCGAUCCAAAUAGAAUUGUCUUUUCUACAAUGGUUGGACACCAAAUCCAACAAUUACUAUUAAGACAACAACAACAACAAUCACAGUCUGAUAACAAUAACAACAAUGUGAAAACAAACUCUUUUGAAAAUUAUAAUCCACAAAAAGAUUAUUCAAUUGGGUUGAUCAAGAAACAAUUGUUGGACAAGUGUCCUACACUUGUUCAAGAGACUGAAGUGUUGAUCAAGGGAUUGGAGAAUAUCACCAUUCUAUGGGACGAUAGCUGGCACCAAUUGAUGGAACAAAUACACGUUUGGAUAUGUAUGCACAUCAAAGAGUGGAAUGUGGAAUAUGCCGCAAUGAAAAAGGCAAAGACUCCUAACCUCAACUCCAAGCUCAAACGAAAGAACCUCAGUUUGAUGCAACCCGUCUUGGACAAGAUCAAGAGACUCUUAUCAACCACUCUGCUCCUACAGUGCAACACACCUCACGAAAAGUGGUUUGCAAGCACUCACUAUGAGAUUAUCAACAAGGUGGUGAGAUGUAUCGAGAAGCAGACUAAACCAUCCAACCCAUUCGUAUCGCUACAAGAGUUGAUCCAACACUUUGCACUCAACCGUCUGGCCAAUCUCGACCUCUAUUCGAUCAGUCCCCAGCUUUAUGAUUUCCAUCCAUCCCAAAUAGCAAUGCCCGGGCUUGGACAAAGCGACGUGCGUGUCCAAUCGGUCCAACCGACCAUCUAUCUGCUGCCAACCAAGACCAAACCUAAAAAGAUAUCGUUCCUCGGUAGCGAUGGUAUGUCCUACUCUUAUUUGCUCAAAGGUAGGGAAGAUUUGCAUCUCGACGAACGUGUCAUGCAGUUCCAGACCAUUGUCGAUCAGUUAUUGAUCACUGACAAAAAGUGCAAUAGUUUGCGUAACCUCAGAACGCGUAGUUAUGCGGUCGUACCUCUCAGCCAGAGCUCGGGUAUCAUCCAGUGGGUGGAAAGUGCCGUACCACUAUUCUCACUCUACAAGAAUUGGUAUCGUAAUGAGAUCACCUACAAGAGUGAUGCCAGUCAACAACAACAAGCAAAGGAAGCACCACGUAUAUCUGUCAGACCCGUCGAUCUCUUUUACAACAAGCUCGUUCCUCUUCUCAACGAACGUGGUAUUUCCAGAGUACAUAGAUCCGAAUGGCCCAAGGAUGUAUUGAUCAAAGUCUACAAUGACCUUGUCAACGAGACCCCAAAAUGGCUGCUAUCACGUGAAUUGUGGUAUUCCAGUUGUUCAACCUCUGAACUAUUCCUCAAAACACAAUCAUUCUCUAGAUCUCUUGCAUUGAUGUCAAUGGUUGGUUAUGUCAUUGGUCUAGGUGAUAGACAUUUAGAUAAUAUUUUAAUUGAUUUAAAAACUGGUGAAGUUGUUCAUAUUGAUUAUAAUAUUUGUUUUGAAAAAGGAUUACAACUUAAAGUACCUGAAAAGGUACCAUUUAGAAUGACUCAAAUCAUUGAACAUGCAUUGGGAUUAACUGGUGUAAAUGGUACAUUCUCUGAAACAUGUAUUCAAGUUUUAGGUUUAUUAAGAAAAAACAAACAUACAUUAUUAAAUAUUUUGGAAACAUUUAUUUAUGAUCCAUUGUAUGAUUGGAAAUUUAAACAAAAUGAAAUCAUUGCAAAAGAAAAUGAAGAUAAUGUUGUGACUGAUGGAGGUGUAGGAGGAGGAGGAGGAGGAACAUCAGUUGCAGCUGGAGGAGGAGGAGGAGACCAACAAAAGUUAAAGGGAUCUGGAACAAACUCUGUGGCUGCUGCAAAUGAUGAUGACAAUGAUGAAGAUGACAGUGAUGGAUCUCCAUCAAGUGAUGACGAUGAACCAUCCUCUGUUGCAUUCAACAUGGAGAAUAUGGAUGAUACAAUGGAAAGUGACGCCAAACAAGAAGUUGUACCAAACAAGCAAACCAAUUACAAUGAGAAUAGAAGUAUUCAAGGUUUGGCAGUUGCAAACCAGGUUCGAUUCAAACUCGAAGGAACUGAUCAAAAACUAUCAGUCGAGAAACAAGUUGAAAUGGUUAUCAAAGAGGCAAAAAACAUUGAAAAUCUAUCUGCCAUGUAUGAAGGUUGGACUCCCUUUAUAUAG